AUGGGCUGCUCGCACUCUACUAUGAAUGAGGAUGGACAGUUGAUGGAGAUCUACUUCACCGAACUGUCGAUCGCUAAACGUCCAGGAGGUAGUGAUGUAGGCCCUAUUAGGAAAUCUGAGUGUAUCAGCGAUGAAUCUACUCAAAGAGCGUCAGAGAUGGAAGAAGGUUCAGUUGCAGACAAGAAGAAGAAGCUGUCAAGUGGUACGAUCACUUUUUCAGUCGUCAAGGUCGUCGCCGAUAACGACGGUGUCAUGUUCUACCACUUUAACGGCUCAAGUGUAGAAGAUUCGAUCAAUCAGCUGCACAUCGCCAAGCGAUACACGGACUUCAUGACGUUGCACGCGGAAAUGUCAAAGGUCAUGGCCAAGGAGGGGAUUGUGCCGGUAGCGUCGCCGGAUUUGUUCAAUAAUGCACAGCCGGCACUUCCAGAGAUGCCCAAAGCGGACAUGUGGACGAAUUUACAUGGGAACUACAAUGACGAGAUACUGGAGGAACGCGAAGAGCAGUUCACAAGAAUCCUGAACGCUAUUACAAGGCACCCAGUUGCGUUUCAGAGCACGUCAUUUAGCAACUUCUUGUUCGGAGCAAAGCAGAUCGACCUUAGUUGA